AUGGUUGAAAACUCUGCUAUUUCCCCAGUUUCUAGUAAGGUGAAAUGGUCUAAUACAAUAUGGGAGAACUCAAGUUUGCCAAAGCACUGUUUUAUCUCUUGGCUAGCAGUCAAUGACAGAUUGCUUACAAGAUAUAGAUUGAUGAGGAGAGGCAUCAUUCAAAGUGCUCAAUGUUGUUUGUGCAAUGACACAGCUCCUGAAACAAGAGAUCAUUUAUUCUUCCAAUGCAAAUUUUCGCAAGUUGUGUGGAAUGAAAUAAUGGAAUGGCUUCAGUUUAGAUGGAGGACUUGCGAAUGGAAUAUUCUGAUUGAUUGGUUCAGCUGUAAGCUUAGAGGAAAGGGUCCUAAGCAAAAGGUGAAGAUGAUAGCUUUAUCUUCUACUAUAUACUCCUUAUGGAAGGAGAGGAAUAACAGAACCUUUAAACAGGUGGCUAAGAGCACAGAUCAGACUGUUAUGGUGAUUAAAAUGGAUAUUAUGACUAUCUCCCUUAAUUGCCCUGCUUUGGAGGAGAUUAGAGCUUGGCUCAUUACUCUAUAA